AUGCCGUCUAAGCUAGCCAUAAAGGGAUCGUCGAAAAUCGUGGCAGAUUACUUCGAAUUCGCCAUAAAUAACAUCCUCUUCCAGCGUGGGAUAUACCCCCCCGAAGAUUUCCAAACAGUGCGCAAGUAUGGGCUCCCCAUGCUAUUGACUUCCGACGACGAAGUGAAACAGUACAUCGAGGCCAUAAUGAUCCAGGUGAAGAAAUGGAUAUACGGUGGGAAAAUCAACAAGUUGGUGGUGGUAAUUGUGUCCAAAUCGACGGUGGAGUCUGUAGAGAAGUGGGAGUUUGAUCUACAGGUGCUAAACUCAGGUCAACAAAACCAACAAGAUGAGCUCGAAGAGCUCGACAGCAAAACGAAGGAGGAAACUCAGAGAGAGAUCCAGUCUCUUAUCAGACAAAUAACGUCGCUGGUGUCGUACUUGCCGAUGCUCAAAGAUGACGAAUAUACGUUCAAUGUCUUGGUACAUACAGACCCGACGGACCCAUACACACCUAAAGAGUGGUGUGAGGGAGAAGACAGAGGAUUGCAAGGCCCUAAUGUGGAAAAUGUUCAAUUCAGGUCGUUCAGCACCAACAUUCAUCAAAUUGGAACCCAGGUAACCUACAAUUACGAGAAAUAG